AUGAGAGUUCCCAAGACGUCUUUGCAUUGCCUCUUUUGGGUGAACAUGUUGGAUGAUGGUACCUCUGGCAGCAACAGGAUACGGAUCUCAAAGCAAGAAUGCUGUAUGGUUGGCUCAAUGCAGCAGUACCUACUGGAUGGCAUGGAUAUACGGUUUCUAUUUGAGGCAAAGAUGCUAUUUAGAAUACCACAAGUGGCAGAGCCUCUUUCGGCGAUACUAUU